UAGGAGCGUUGAACAGUUCUUUCCCAGUUCUUUUGAUUUUUUUUGCCUCUCCAUGAAUUCCUGUUCCUAUCUUGUUUAAAGCUGUUAAAGCUGGUUUUUUACAUUUUAUUUCUGGUGUGCACGGUUCUGAGGAUAUUAGACAAAUGAGCUGAAGGUUCACUCUGAGGCAUGGCUAUUUUUGUUAGAAGCUGAUACUUUAGACUGAGCUUUAAGUGUUGCCUCUGGAAGGCCUUGGGUUGUUCUGGAAGGCCAGGUCUGCAGAGGAAACAGACAUUUCAGGGAGCAUAAAAGAAGAAGGAACACAAUUAGAAAAAGCAGAGGACCUCCCUCCUUCUCAUUCUGCAAGUCCUGUGAGAGUAAGCAACCCAGAAGCACUAUCUAAGCUGCCACAGUAAAUCUUGACCUUUUAAACAGAGUAUCUCUUACCAUCAUCAUGGCCGAGAUAACAGCAGAAGGACACAUGUCUACAACCACGACGAUAAUCGAUGGUAAGAACGGCUCCGUUCCUUCGUCAUCCAUGAAAGUGGGCAAGAAGUCAGUGACAGAAGACCUCGUGACAACGUUCAGCUCUCCAGCAGCAUGGCUUCUUGUGGUUGCUCUGAUUGUUACCUGGUCAGCAGUAGCUAUUGUAAUGUUUGACUUGGUGGAUUACAAAGACUUAGCAGGUAUAGCCACCUAUGCACAACAUUGCGAUGAUCCCUGUUUCCCACCUGGAAGAUCUGUUCACAAGCUCAGCACAGAACCACUGAGAAUUAUUCAUGAGACACUGGAAGAGUCUUCUGAUUGGAUUUAUGGCUUUUUUUCUUUACUGUCUGACAUCGUAUGGAGUGAUGAUGAUGACAGUGAUGAAGGUGAAGUGGAACCUUCCCUGAAAAAAGAAAUUCAAAAACAGAAAAUGGAGAGACCUGAAAAGCGAACACCAGCGAAGGCACACAGAGACAAACCUGAAAAACAAGAAAAAAUUGAGAGGAAGGAACCCCCAAAAGUGACAAGUAAAGACAAACUGGAAAGGCAAGAAAAACCUGAAAAAAAGGAAAGGCAUGCAGCUGUUCACAAAGAGAAACCUGAAAAGCCAGAAAAACAAGAAAAGAAAGUGCUACCUAAAGUAACUCAAAAAGAUGCACCUGAAAGACAUGAAAAAGCUGAAAAGAAACCUCCUCCAAAAGAGGAGAAGAAAGUAAAGAGCACUAAAGUGGAAGCAAAAGUUAAAAAGGAAGUGAAGGAUGGAAAAGGAGAAGCAAAGACGACGACAGAGAAGGUCAAGCAGGCAGAGACAAAAACAACAGAAACUGGGCUAAUAAAGGCCAAAACGAAAGUUAAGGAGGAGAAAGCUCUUCAGACUGUAACUAAAUCGGACAAGAAAGAUCAAUAUGCAUUCUGUCGCUAUGUGAUUGACAUGUUUGCACAAGGGGAUUUUUAUCCAGGUGCAGGACAUAAGGAAUUUGCACCACCUCGUCUUCUUCUAGAGCACAGUCCAAGAAAGAAACCAGCAGCUAUUGAAGAGAGAAAAGAGGAGAAGAAAAAGAGUGAUGAAAAGAAGAGUACGACUGAAACUAAGGUGAAAGAAAAAACAGGAAAAAAGGAGAAAGCUCAUGAGAAGACAGCUGUCCCUGAAAUUAAAAAAGCAGAUAAAAAAGAAGCUGCUGUAUCCAAAGAACUCAAAAAGCCAGCAAAAGCUCCUGCAGCCAACCCAACCAUCAAAAAAGCAGCAGCAGCAGGCAAAACAACAAAGAAAGAAGCAAAAGUACAUGCAGCUGUGGAAACUCCAACGUCAAAAGCCGGACUUGAAAAAAAAGAAGCAAAAGCAACAAAGGCAGCAGUGCAAGAUAAACCAAAGAUGAAACAAGGAAAUCCUGGAAAAGAUAAAGAAUUGAAAUCUCCAGCUGCCACAAAAGUUAAAGAACAUGCUAAAGAAAAGGAAGGGAAGAAUCCUACAUCUUUAAAAGAAAAAGUAAUUACAGGUCCUUCUAACGUGACAAAGGAGGCUAGACUUUCUCCGCCCAGCCUUCAGAAAAGAGCAGAUUCCCUGAAAGGAAAAAAUCCCAAGAAUCCGGAGAGCUUAAGAGAAAAAGAGACUGGAAAAAGAAAAGAUGUGAAACCUCCAACAGCCUUAAAGGAAAAAGAUUCUUCAAAGCGAAAAGAAAUUAAGGCUUCAACUAAUCCUAAGGAAAAAGCUGCAGUGAAAAAGGAGGGGGAGAAGAAAGCUACCUCAGAGAACCCGCAUGAACACAAGCAUGAACGUGUUAAACAUGAAAAAGCUGUCUCUCAGAAUAAGCCAGAGGAGAAAAUGAAACAGCAAAAGACAACUCCCACUGAGAAGUCAGCCCAGGCAAAGCCAACAAAGCAUGAAACAGUCAAACAUGAAAAAGAUGUUCCCCUUACAAAACCAGUCAAACCAAAAAACACUGCAAAGCCAACAGCUGAAAUCCCAACAUCAGCCACAAAAAAACCAAAGACAAUUAAGGAAAAAGAAGAGAAAAAAACCGUGAAGAAACAGCUGAAAGAUGAAAAAACUAAAGUAAAAGAAGAUCCACGACAUCAAAACCUGACAUCAGGAAAAAUCCGAGCUCAAAAUCGUUUAAGGAGCCUGAAGGUGCACAAGUCCAUGGGACCUGACAAGAUACAACCAUGGGUACUGAAAGAACUGGCUGAGGAAGUGGCUAUGCCACUACCCAACAUAUUUGAGAAGUCAUGGCAAUCUGGUGGAGUUCCCACUGACUGGAAAAGGGGAAAUAUAAUACCCAUUUUUAAAAAGGGAGAUAAGGAAGAAGCAGGGUACGACAGGUCAGUCAGUCUCACCCCAGGGUCUGGCAAGAUCAUGGAGCGGCUCCUCCUGGAAACUCUGCUAAGGCACAAGUUAAAUAAUGAGAUGAUUGGUAACAGCCAGCAUGGCAUCACUAAAGUCAAAUCAUGCCUGACAAAUUUCCUGUCCUUCUACCACAGGGUUACGGCAGUGGUGGAUGAGGGAAGGGCAACAGGCAUCAUCUCCUUGGACUUGAACCAAGGCACUGUCCCACAUGACAUCUAUGUCUCUAAAAUGGAGAGACGUGGAUCUGAUGAGUGGGCCACUGGGUGGAUAAAGAAUUGGCUGAAUGAUCAUGCUCAAAGUGUUGAAGUCAGUGGUGCAAUGUCCAAAUGGAAAGCAGUGCCAAGUGGUGUUCCCCAGGGGUCAGUGUUUGGGCUGGUGCUUUUUAACAUCUUUAUUGGUGACAUGGACAGUGGGUUUCAGUGCACCCUCAGUGAGUUCACUGAUGACACCCAGAUGUGUGAUGCGGUCAACACACUGGAGGGAAGGAAUAACACCCAGAGGGAUCUUGUCAGGCUUGAGAGGUGGGCCCAGGUCAUCCUGAUGAAGUUCAACAACGCCAAGUGUGAGGUCCUGCACCUGGUUUGGGGCAGUCCCAAAAACAACUUUAGGCUGGGCAGAGAAUGGAAAGAGGCUAGCGCUGGGGAGAAGGACUUAGGAUUGCUGGUGGAUGAAAGACUUGACAUGACUCAGCAGUGUGUGCUAGAAGUAAAAAAAGCCGUCUGUAUCCUGGGCUGCAGCAAAAGCAGCGUGGCCAGCACAUCAAAGGAGGUGAUUCUCUCCCUGUACUCUGCUCUGGUGAGACCCCAGCUGGAGUACUGUGUUCAGGACUGGGAACCCGAGCACAAGAAAGAUGUUGACAUGUUGGAGCAAGUCCAGAAGGGAGUCAUUAAGUUGAGCACAGGGCUGGAGCACAUCUCCUAUGAAGAUAGGCUGAGAGAGAUGGGGCAGUUCAGCCUGGAGAAGAGAAGGCUUCGGAGAUACCUAAUAACAGUCUUCCAGUACCUACAGGGAGCCUGCAAGAGAGCUAAAGAAGGACAUUUCACAACAGCAUGUAGUGACAGAGAGAAUGGCUUUAAGCUGAAGGAGGUUGGGUUUAGUUUGGAUAUUAGAGAGAAAGUUUUUACUGUGAGGGUGGUGAGGCUCUGGAACAGGUUGCCCAGAGAGGUUGUGGACUCUCCAUCCCUGGAGGUGUUCAAGGCCAGGUUGGGCAGGACUUUAAGAUACCUGGUCUAGUGGAAGGUGUCCCUGCCCAUGGAAGGAGGGUUGGAACCAGAUUAUCUUUAAGGUCUCUUCCAACCCUAACCAUUCUAUCA